CGGUUUCACAUGGAAAAUUUUAAAAGGAAGUAGAUAAUUAGGAUUUUAAAAAGAAAAAGAAGUAGAAGCUCGAUGCAUACGACACGAUAAAGAUCUUUUUUCUCGGAUAUGCAAAUUUAUCGGUUGUACUGUUAAACAGCUAUUUUGUUCAUUUAACGUUCUCACGUUUCCCACGAAGCGAAGAUAUAAGCGCGCUAAGAAAACUUUUGCAUCACGGAAGCCGACGCACGUUGCAUUUAUCAACUACGAAGCUCUUGGAUUCUCGUUUCUCAUUUAGAAAAUAGACUUGUCAUUCUGUUUGCUUUCAACUUCCAAAUCAUCAAUUAUGUAUGAAAGGUGAAAUACAUUAGAUCGUUAUUAGAAAUUCUGUUGGAAAAGUUCCUGUAUUUAACUAAGAAUAAAUUUGAAGGAAUAGGACCGCAGGUAAAAGAUUCUUUUUGUUAUUCGUAAGAGCGAAGAUGUAUCUGGUGGUCCUUAGGUUGCAUAGUACACAUGGUACUAUGCGGGGAGGGCUCCGUCACGAAGGCGAAGUUAACUGCCCAUAACUCAUAGCCGACAUAUAAUAAAUAUCGUUACUCCAUAGUGAGCACACGUGGACUUUCGCGAAGUGGUUUAUAAGCAUAUAUGAAACGUACGUGAAGCAUGGAGGGACCUCACGUAUAUUCUGUGUAUAACGUCGACCGAACAUAAACGUUCGGCGGUAUGUGUCUACGCCUUUUCGCCUUGCUUGUUCGAUGGAGAAGAUUCUUCUUAGAUUUUUCGCGCUUAAGCUUUUGCCCUUUAACGGCCAAGCUCGUCAACGAAGGGUGAUAUCUCAUGGACGAGUAACGUUAUAUUUUUCUUGGAAUUUUUAAAUGAUCAGGAUAAAAGCAGGAAUGUGUCCUGUCGACCAACAAAACGAAAAAAAAGAAAAAAAAUAAAGAUCGUGCAAGAGGACGAACCCUUGAAAUAAGGAUAAGAAAAAAUAUCCUGCGUGACCGACCGCCGCAGUUUGUGGUUACAAUAAACAAGGAAGAAAAAAGGUGCAUCUCUGUCUCUCUCUCUCUCUCUCUCUCUCUCUCUCUCUUUCUCACUACGUGCAUACGUUCGUCUUCUAUUUCUCUCUCUCUCUCUCUCUCUGUCUCUCUCUUUCUCUCUUUGCAGAGUUAGCUCCUAUCUCCUUCCAACUCUUCUCCCUUCGCCCUUUGCGCAUAUGUACCUUACGCCGAGUGCAGACAACCGGAUUUAUAUUCAAAUGAAUCGCCGUAGAAGGGUCGACUUAUCAACGUAUCGCGGUCGAUGAAGCAAAAAGACAAAAGGAGCAAAGGGAGUCUCAGAGUUUCAAGAAUAAAAAUAAUAUAUGCAAGAAGUCGGAGAAGAAAAACAUCCUGAGGAAAGAAAAGGCGAUCCCUUAUACGUAAGGAUGCGAGUGCGUAGGAGAAGAUACACGAAGCGGUGACGACACACGGAUUUGUCUCGACAUGAGGCUAAGUCCAAUUUUUUUAUCAUGCGCCACGGCGAGCUGGCUCGGUCCUGCCGAGGCUAUUCGAAGCCCUUCUUAUUCGAAGGACUACGAAUUAUCAACAGAGUUCUUCCUGGUGCCGUCGGAGGAUACGGCCGAUAGAAAUGGUUUAGCUAGCGUGGCUAGUGUUAUCAGCGUGCCAGCACCCAAUAGAACCGUAUCCGUCUUCAGAAUGCCAACGAGGAAGGGCCAAGAACGCGAAACCGAAUCUACCAGGCCACCGAGCUCGCGUUUCCUUCUCAGACAACGACCUUGGGCUCUUCCCCUUGCAGCCCUAAGUGCCGCAGCGAUGCUUCUUAUGGCUGGUUUCGAGGUUUUCGUACUUCUCAAGGCAAGAGCAGCAGCUCCAAACAGACGUCACUUGUUCCUAGGCCAAGCCCUUUUACUUGGUCUUUUUCUUUUGGCUGGACUCUCAGCUGCAGCUUCUCUCAGCCAAAAUCCUCUUUCUUGUGCAGCCUUCAGACUAGUCGGUUUACCAGCGGCCCUCGUAUUUGCGGCCCUUCUCGUCAAAUGCGUCUUCCUUCUUUCAUUGAACAGCGGUGUCUAUUUACCAGCACCUUAUCAAGCUUUGGUACUGGUAUUUGCUGUACUGGUACAAGUAGCUAUCGUCGGCCAAUGGUUUUAUGGAGAACCACCCGCGGUUAUACAAGUUCAAAAUGUGGAUCAGAAUGGUCCUCUAUUGGGUUGCAAAACUCCCCUCGGACAGACAGUGGCUUCCCUAGGAUAUCCAGGGAUAUUGUUAAUAGCGGUUGCCUGUUUAGCCGUUCGAGCACGUGGCGUACGUGAUAAUAACAGGGAAGCUGCUUUUAUCGGACUCGCCGUUGGUCUGUCAUUGCCGAUUUGGAUAUCAAGCGCAAUUGGCUCUACAGUAGCCUCCUCCGAGAGCGAUAAGGAGGCGUGGCUGGCCUACGGCCUCCUUACUACAUCGUUCCUCGUUUUUUUGACGAUGUUCCUGCCGAAGGGUCGACAAUUGGCUGCACUUGGUCGUGAAGGACCUACAACCGUCAUUCGAGAUCGCGAUGACGCACUCAGCUCUCUACCUGGCAGCGGUUACUCUCCUUCCUUUUUCCAUUUUAAACCUGCUGAGACGUCCUUGAAGAGGAAGAUGCACUAUCACAGCGCUGAUCGUGUCGCGCUGGUCUCAUCGGGAAUACCUGGUUGCAGCGCUUGCAGACACGGGGGAAGUCCAAUAUAUUCCGAUGGGAUCAAACCAAAGGGAAGAAAAAUCUUGUGCGAUGGCUAGGGAUGCAAGAGAAAGAGAAGUAAACAGCAAAGAGAGACAGAGAGAGAAAGAGAGAGAGAGAGAGAGAGAGAGAGAGAGAGAGAGAGAAAGUUCCAAGACGAGGGUCAAGCACUUCUUCGGCGUUUAAAGGAAGAAGAGGGGAAAAAGGAUACCGUUAGAUCGGACGAACGACAUCGUCGAAUGGCCUGCAAGUUGCGCUUUCGCUCUUAAAAAAAAACAAAAAGGAAUGAUCAUUUGUAUAUAUGUAUUAACAUAUUUUCCAAUUUUAAUUUCGCUCGAUAAUUUGGACUCGAGUCCGAAUGAAUUUGUUAACAAAUGAAAAUAUUAACAAUAUAGUUAUACUACUUGGAUAUGUAGAUUCGUUUAAAAUUCAUUUCGAUGAUAAUUAUCCUUUUUUUUUGUCUCGAUUAGUCAAUAAUUACAUCAACGUUCUAAGUAUUUUAUUCAGGUCGAAAGCGUAAAACACAAACGAGAAGCUUCAUAAUGCGAUACGUCUCUCUUUACCGUAAUGUUCAUUAUUACGAGCAAGGCGUGGAAUAUACUGGAAAUUACGACCUAAAGGUCACUAGCCCCUUGGCCAUUCACUUAAACACAUCAAACCCCUCUCGCACCUACUUCAGAGUUUUUAUAUGACUUUUUGUUUUCCUUUUUUUUUCCUUCUUUUUUGCUUGGCGAGGUGAAGGAACGGGGCGGAGCGGGGCGCGGAGAAGCGGCAAAAGGGUGGAGGGAGAGAACGAAAUAAUGAAUCUUUUGAUGAGACAGAACUGCGAUUAAAAACCCGCAUAUAAGAGACAACGGAUUAAUCAUAG